AUGAUGACGGAGGAGGAGCUUGCGACGCACAAGGCGGGCAAGGAGAGACUCCGGGCGGAGAUUCGCGCGCAGAGGGCUGCGAAGGAGGCGAAGGAGGCGAAGGAGAAGCAAGUGUCGGAUGCCUCUGAUGUUCCCCCGCAAGAGUCUGUGUCAAAGUCUGGCGAGAAGACACAAGUCCGAAGCUCCAUCUCCACCACCACGUCCUCCACCAUCAACACCACUAUCACCAACGCCAUCUUCACCUUCAUCGCCACAAUCCUCUCAUGGUUCUGGUCGUGGUUCAGCUGGCUCCUCACCUUCCGCAUCGUCUACAUUCCCUUUGGACUGUUCUACUUCUUCACCCCCGCCCUCAACACUCUCCACGCCACCCUCUGCACCACCAUCCAAACCCUCCAGACCGACACCCACGACGUAUCCAUCGCCUCCGCCGCGUCCAAAUUCGCCCUCAAGAACCUCUGCCCGUCCCAAGCCUCCGAGGAGCCUCCGUCCUACCCCAUCGCGCCCGCGCCUCCCGUUCCACGCUACGGCGACGCCCUCCCGAACCUCGCCGCCUGGGCCUCCCAUGCAACAGACUUCACCCCACUCCCGCCGUCCGCCGCCGCGCACCUCACGGCUUUUGAGGGUGCCGUCCGCACCGCCCUGGGCGCUGUGUCGUCGAACCAGCGGGCGGCCCGGAACAUCGCGAGGGAAAAGAGCGCGGGGAAGGUGAGGUGGUUCCACGUCGGCAAACUCAACACACCCGCCUCGGCUGCCCGCGCGCGGAUCGGCAGACUGAAGAUUGUGUUUGACGGCGCGCUGCGCGCCUUCAGAGACCUCGUAGAGCAGCUGGAGCCGGGUAAGGUGGAGGAGACGUUCGGGCCGGUGGAGGCGACGUGCGGGUGGAAGAAGGCGCUGGGGAAGAAGGAGAAGGCGCUGCGCGGGGUGGGGGAUGGAGAUGCAGACACGAGGACCGGGGAGGUGUUGGCUGUGGUGGAGGCGCAGGGGGCCGUGGCGGGGAUCGCGUGCGAGGCAGCCGGAGCCGAGAUGAAGCAAUUGAGAGAGUUGUGGGGACGGUUGAACAGGGGUGUUGUGCCCGGGUUGGUCGAGCUGGCGAGGGUGGUGCGCGGCGUGGAAGAGGAGGCGCGGGAGAAGGGCGGCUGGGCGACGGGCGCGGAUGUCAUGAGGUGGGAGGAGGAGCUGAAGGAGCUGGCGGUGGAGUUUGAGAGGGUUGUGAAGAAGGCGUGGGAUGGCUGGAAUGGGGAGUAA